AUGAUGUGGAAAAUAAUUUCUGCAAGAGCUACAAGAUAUCUACUCCCACCGCUUUCCGUAAUCAGAACUUUUGCGGAGAAUGGCUUAAAGUCCGAUUGGACACUGAACAAUGAUAUUAUUCGAAAUGCCAUUUCUUCGAAAAGUCAAAAACUUCGCAGAAAUGACGAUACUAAUGAUUCCAAGCAUCGAGAAGGAUUUACAAAUGGUGGUCGUGGGAAAAACAGGUUCCAAGCAGCUUCUGGCGAUAGGCAAUUACUUCAUUCAAGAAGAAAGAAUAUAGUCAUAAAAUGGGAUACUGGGAAUGAGAGAGAUAAAGAAGCUGCAAAUUUUAUUAUGAGUAAAGUAAUGAGGAUGAAUAAAUCUGGUACCAUUCAUGUUAUAAAUCCAGAGAGUAACAAAAUAGAAGAGACCAGUAUUCGUGAAUUUGCUAAGGGAGUCAACCUGAGUGAAUCUGGGUUCUCUAUAGCUGAUUUUAAACAGAUCAAUGAACAUGCGCAAAUACCACUUGUAAAAUUGGUUGACAGAAAAACGGCCUUAAAAAGAUAUUCCGAUGAAAUCGCUAAAAGAAAACAAGCUGAACUCGUCAGUAUGGGAUUGAUGAAGAAGGCACAAGUGAAUACAAACGAUACUGAAAGGGCAGAAGAUUUGGUGAAGCAGAUUAAGAUAUCUUGGCAAAUUAAGCUUGAUGAUCUAACCAAACAGAAGGCACAUGAAAUUGUAAGUCAGUUAAAACGAGGCUUCAAAGUUUAUCUUUAUCUUGAUGAUAGGAAUAGUAUUAAUUCUAGAAAUUGGGCAUCCUCUUUUGAACAACUGCGCUCGAACAAGCUAGAAACUAAAGGUAUCUCUGACAAAGAGUUAUUACAAAGGGAAUCUGUCUUAAAAAAACUGGAUCAAAUCACAGAGGAUUAUUCAGUGCAGCCGGUGAAGGAUGGGAAUAUUGGAACACGAAUGAUGAUCAAACUAGCUCCCAAACCUGCCUUGUAUAAUAAUAAAGACAAAGCAAAACAAGCAUUGAAAGAGCAUAGGAAAAGAGAAAGACAAGAGAAGCUUGAAAGAAGAAUAGAAAAAAAAAAGAAUAAAAAUUCAACUAGCGUGUAG